AUAUAUCACUAUCUGCUUCCUAAUGUUUACAACAGUUUUGUCUAGAAAAAAUUAUUCUAAUAGGCAGACUUUUUACCUAGUAGUGUGUCCAGUGACUAAUGUCAUACCUGUAGCUGUUCUUAUUGUGUUUGUUUGCCAUUGGUAGGCAGUGUCCAUAAGUUAUUAAUAACAAAUUUAGAAUUUUCUAAUUUCUUCUAUAUUGGGAUUGUGGGUACCUUUGAGUUGCCAAACUGCUAAUUGAUCCUAAUAACAUUUAAAAUGAAUUCCGCAAGUAGUCAAAAAGCAUUAGGUGCCUUAGUUGAUCACGCCUCGACUGUUUUGAGUCAAGCACUUCAACUCGAAACUAAAGGUGACCUGAAAACCGCAGCGCGUGUAUAUCGACAAGCCCUUAUUUUAUUUGAAUUGUCUUCAAAACAACUAAAAGCCGAAAAUCACAGAAUUGUCUGUGGUACCCAAAUCUCUUCUACGCGCCUAAAAAGUAUAGAACCAGACAUUUUGACUGUAUUGCCUACUCAAUGCUAUUCAUAUGGCAAUGCUGUCUAUGAUCUCGAUUUAGAUCUAAAAGGGGUUUCGUGGUAUCGGAUAGACUCGACUAAACAAUGCAAAUUUAUCACCCAAAGUGAUACUCAGUUGCUUCGAUUGGUCCCUCCUGUAGCUCACAAUGGUGAUAUGCUGGCCCAGGGUGUUUUACGCGUUGGUGAACUAGUAAUCUGUCCAAUUUACGAAAACACCCCUGUCUUGAAUGUCUCCCCAGGCCGUUACAUUUUUCCCUUAUCAAAGAGCGAGUUUUAUGGCCUGUCUUUCCCGCAGGAUGCCGAGUGCGAGGGUUCCCUAUCUGAGAUCCAGCUAUUCGAUGCAAAAAUUAGCAGAUACUGCAGGAUUAUAACCUAUGGAAAUGUUCAACUUUUUCGAAGAAUCGAUCUUCAAAUAGUCAAUAAUGACGUGUUGAAACAAAGGACUUCCGAGAAAAUUUGCAAUGUGAUUGAAGAGAUAAAAAAUAUCGCUUCCAAAACUAUCAAGAGAUCAUCUGUCUAUCUAGAUAGUGGUAUAGAGAGAAGUGGAUGUAUAAUACUGAAUACCGUGAGAGACUUCGAUGAGCCGAUAGUAAUCCCGAGACCAUUAUCGACUUCUAUUGAUGUGCUCAGCAAUGCUGGCCUCGCUACGGUGAGUCUCUCUAAAGCCCUUGCAUCAGCAACGGAAGAGGCAUCUCAGAAGUUGGGAGAGUGCACCGUAGGCACUGCAAGAAAAAUAUUGCGAAAUAGCGGUAGACGAAGUGACAAUGUCCUCCUUUAUUGGCUCAAAGACGUCGGGUGUGUAACCGCGGCUGGAAUUGAGGCGAUAGCUGCUGUUAAUGCAGAAAUUUGGAAUGCAGGGUACACGCUACUGGGUGGGGUGCAACGAGCGACCGGGCGCAUAGUGAAAAAGAGGUUUGGUCCAAGUGCAGAAGAAUCUACAUAUGGCUUGUUUUCUAUCAGCAGGAACUUGUUUUUAACCUCGGAGAUCAUAUUGAAUCUCUGGAAAAAGAAAUUGGUGCUCAGUGCAGCUAAAGGUGGACUGAGGGCAAUACAAGGCGAACACAAACGAUGCGCUACGAACGCUUGCAUUGCGGACGCCCAUGUUAAAGUUAUCAACAUAUAAGAUAUCAAGAGUUGUCUAAAUGAGUCUUAGGACGGCUGAUGGAGAGGAAUCUGAGGUUUUUUGAUGCUGGGUAAGAUGUGGCCACCGCGGUAAUUAGGCCAAUGUACUGAACACUAUAGUACCGCCCCACACUCUAAGCCCUAAACGCAGAUAGUGAUGUACACUUGACGGAUUUCACUGUAUGUAUCGGCUACUUGCAGAGCUGCGCAAAAGUAAGAAUCAAGAGCAGGUGGUUUGAAGUACACACUUUAAUGAAUGUGUGUACAUCUCUCUAACUCCACUCUCUGGUACAACAGCCGAAACUAUGAACCGAUUUGACAGGUGAGGCAACUAAGCCUAAGCAAUAGCUGGAUAGCAUGGAGGAUACCCGGGCCUAUGUUUGCCCUCCUGAGGGUAGGCAAAUACGUUGAAUAAAACACAGCUAAAUUGUAUUUGUAGAAACAGGCCGAUCUGUGUAGCAAGGUUAGUCAUUUGUAAUAAAUUUUUUAAAAAAUCAUCCGAUAAGAGAUGUGAAAAAGCAUAA